AUGCAGCGCUUCCGACUGCAGCGCCUGGCCGCAGCGGUGCGGCACCAGGCCACGAAGAGCGGCACGUGGCUGGAGGGUGAGCUGAACUUGGACACCAACAUGGUUCACGCCGCAGUGACCCCGGAACCAAAGAGCGGUGCCAUCCUCACCCCCCUCUUCCUGUCCACCACCUUCAUCCAGGACCAUCGACUCGAGAGGCUACAGCUACUCCCGCACCAACAACCCCACCGUGACGGCACUGGAAGAGAAGCUGGCCAAAGUGGAGAACGGGUUCGGUUCCUCGGCAUUCGGCACCGGCAUGGCCGCCACCACCAGUGCCAUCUCUGCGACCAUGCAGUGCCUUGUCUGGGAUAG